AUGGGCCAAGACGCACGCGUUAAUGUCACUAUACGCUCCACCUACUAUUCAGCCUUGAAAGACGAUUCGACUAUUCGUCUGUUUGAGCUCUUUGCCCGAAGCCAUGAUCGAAAGAUCACGGGAUGGCUUCAUGAGCGUCGCUUGGGUGUCGAUGCUCAAGCAUACAUUGGAAUCUCAUACCAAUGGGGUCCCCCAGACCGGGCUACCGACGAGACCAUUUGGGUCGAUGGCUGUCGACUGCGCGUUCGGAAGAAUCUAUGGCAGCUACUCAGUGACCUCAGCCGGUCGGAUUUGAUGCCACCAUCCGGCAGCCUCCUGCUCUGGAUUGAUUUCAUUUGCAUUAAUCAAUUGAAUGACAGAGAAAGAAGCAGCCAAGUCAAAUUGAUGCCGCAGAUCUAUUCGACCGCUUUGAUGGUGAUAGCCUAUGUUGGCUCUUCAGAAUGGUACUUUCCACUACUAGCUAGACACGGUGCGAUGGAGGUUUCGAACCUUAACAACAAACACUGCCUCAAGAAGCUUUUGACCAGGAGGGUCUUGCAGAAUCUGACGCACAGAGAGUACUGGACGCGUUUGUGGAUUGUGCCUGAGAUGAUCAUGGCUCGAGACAUCGUCUUACUCGUAGGACGAACUACGAUCGAAUGGAACUCAUUCAGCGAUGGCACUCGCGCUCUGCGCGCCAGGCUCCCAGAUGCACCGCACAGGCGCUUCGCUAAAGCACCUGCUUUGGCCAUCGUUGAAUGGCGGAGCAGAUCCACCAUGAUUGGGCAAGGCAUUAGCGACGUCCUUUCCUACUUCAAGGGUCAGAAAUGCGAGAAUCCUCGCGACGGGCUCUUCGGUCUACUGGGCUUCAUCGAACACGGCCCAGAGUUUCCAGUAGACUACAGUGCAUCUAUCACAAAAGUGUUUCAUGCUGCCUGGCGAUACUUUGGCGGGUCCUUAUGGCACGCACACUCCUUGAGGCAAGCUCUAAGCCUCGAUCGCGAGCAAUACUGUAACGAAGUCAAGGAACUGACGGCGAAAGAUCUGAAAGGUCCGGAUCUUAUCGACGACGAGCCAAUUGACUCGCGCGGCCAAGUAACGCAUCCGGACGAAGAUCGAUACUGUCUGUUGUCAGACUUCUUGAGAAGGCGUUGCGAUUCAGCUACACUGAAUUUGCCGCACGUGGCACGUGAGAUUGAUAUAUGUCAGUGCACGGACUGCCGAGUCCGCCUUGGAGACAUAGACGAGCAUUUCGCGCUCUCGCUUCAAAGAGAGAAGUUCAUCAUAAGGCGCAUUUAUGCACUACACGAGACAUUCGUGGUUUACCAGAAGCAAGACAGCGUUUACCGCAAACAGGGAGCCAAAGUUAUCUGGAAGCCAUUCGCUUUCCUGGACUCUUACCAUCGCUCGCCACAUCAGACUCCAUUGUUUUCAUUUUCGCAGCCAGGUUUGUGUCUAUACGCGAUUCCAUGCGGCAUGAGAUGCCAGGAUGUCGAGCUGAGCGAUUAUUCCGAGGCAUUGGCGUUCAAUCCAAGGCUUGUCAUGGGCGGAAGAAUAUGGAUUGAGUCUCGCUGCCUCGGAAAAGUACUUUACAACAUGCCGCAUCCUACUUUUCAGAAACAGAUCCCUGCAAUGGUCAGGGAACUGGUCAAGUGGGACUCGGCUAACAUGCUCUGGAUUUGUGCCAGCCCAAAUCCCAGCAAAAAGGGUCGACAUAAUGCAGUGCCCUACAGAGGAGACACAGACUCCAGCCUCGGCAAAUGGUGA